AUGGCCACCACUGAGAAAAAGAUUGUCGAAGAAGUGUCGGGAUGGCUAAGAGUGUACGAUGAUGGAAGUGUUGACAGGACAUGGACUGGACCACCGGAGGUAAAGUUCAUGUCCGAUCCAGUGCCAGCCCACGAAGAAUUCGUUGACGGGGUUGCCGUAAAAGAUGUCGUGAUCGAUGCGAAAUUCGGCCUCCGGGUACGAAUCUAUGUUCCGGAACCUGAAAACGAUGAAGGAAAGCUGCCAAUCAUACUCCAUUUCCCUGGUGGUGGUUUUUGCAUUAGCCAAGCGGAUUGGUUCAUGUACUAUUCGGUGUAUACCCGGCUGGCCCGACUCGCGAGGGCGAUCGUCGUGUCGGUUUUUCUCCGGCUCGCGCCGGAGCAUCGCCUCCCCGCGGCGUGCGAUGACGGGUACUCGGCAUUGAUGUGGUUAAGAGAUUUAGCAGCUGGAGAGGCAGGGGAAGCCCUGUUUUCGGAUGCAGAUUUCAAGCGCGUGUUUCUAAUUGGUGACAGCUCCGGUGGAAACAUAGUUUACCAAGUCGCUGCACGAGCCGGUGAAGUUGACCUGAGUCCUCUCAGGCUCGCCGGAGCUAUUCCGGUCCAUCCUGGAUUCGUCCGUUCUGUAAGGAGCAAGUCGGAAUUGGAGCAACCAGAAUCACCCUUUCUGACAUUAGACAUGGUGGACAAGUUUCUGGGUCUAGCGUUACCAAUUGGAAGCAACAAAGAUCAUCCUAUAACUUGUCCUAUGGGCGAUGCUGCGCCGAAGAUUGAAACCAUGAAUCUUCCUCCGUUUCUUUACUGUGUGGCGGAAUUUGAUCUCAUCAAAGACACUGAAAUGGAGUUCUACGAGGUGAUGAAGAAAGCAAACAAGGAUGCGACCCUGUUCAUCAGCUCUGGAGUCGGUCAUAGCUUUUAUCUGAACAAGCUUGCUGUUGAUAUGGAUCCAACUACAGGUGCUGAAACUGAUAAGCUUUUCAAAGGGAUUUCUGAAUUCAUCAAGAAUCACUGA